GCCCAGUAGGACUCCGACGGCCGUCGCGAAGUUGCCGAAAGGACCCCUCGGCAUAGCUCGGGUAUUCUAUGACGUACAGUCCAGGGCAAUGGCAAUGGAUACCACCCCAUACCCCUCUGUCUUGUCUGGGCCGGCGAGAUCGCCUGGGGCUAAAAUGGUCGGCUGAACGACUCGAUGCAGGAUGGACGCUGCUCGACGCAUGAUCGUCACCUUUCGAAGCUCGCCUCUUGCAUCAUAUGGUACCAUACACUUCCCAACUCGCCUAGAUUCGUACACUCAAGGGCAUCGCUGAGCCUGUACUGCUACUCUACUCACACCUUGCUGGUCUUGAGCAUUACGUGGGCUCGCGGGACCUGCAGAAAGUUGACCUGGUCUGACUUGCAACGGUACAAUACGGCGGCCCCACGGUCUCCUACGGCGCGGCAACGUACCUUGCACAGAGCUGACUGGAAAUAAGUCGAGCUCGUGCAUCAGGGGCCUAGUCUCAUGCUGCUUGUCGUCAGGGCCGAUCCUGGACCACUGACCCCCAUACCUGCUACGUAGUUUGGAGCCAUUGGCAGUCGGUUCACCCUAAGCCUUUCUUUCGCUUGGACUUGCUCUGCAGAUACAUCACCCGCGCUUAAACAAUUGCAACAGCAGAUCAUCCGAUCGCAGAACCAUCUCGUCGAGAGGUAAAUAGAUAUCUUCCCGACAGGCCUUGCCCAGAAUCGGUGCGUCAUCCCGAGCAUGGCUACUCAACCGACUGCGAUAUCGUCCAUCCGCCACCAGGAGGACAACACAGUCCCUGUGACCGAGCGCCUUUCUCUGGUUCACGGCCCCCUCGACCCUCCUCUUGUCGAUCUCACUCUCGGCGAGCUCCUCGAGCUACAGACAUACCAGCAUGGAACGCACGAGUGCAUCGUCAUCCCCUGGACGGGGGCCCGCUGGACCUACAGUGACCUCAACCAGCAAAGUUCCUCGCUCGCCCAGGCCCUCCUCGACAUGGGCAUCGGCGUCGGCGAUCGCGUUGGCAUCAUGGCAGGCAACUGCGAGCAAUACGCGGCCGUCUUCUUCGCCGUGGCCAAGAUAGGCGCCGUGCUCGUCAUCCUGAAUAACACGUACACGCCCACCGAGGCCAUGUACGGCAUCGAGUUUUCCGACUGCAAGGUGUUUUUCACAACCAAGACCAUCGGCAAGCUCGACAACACAAGGCUGCUGGAUGAGCUACGGGGAAAGAAGAAAGGAGGGAAAGGCCCCCAAGUGUUUAUACUACGCGGCGAGUCAAGCGGGUACACGACAUACGACGACCUUACUCGGGCGAGCGGUCGCAAGAACCACGACCGGCUGUACCGGGCGAUGAGACGGGUUCUACCUCACCAGGUGGUCAACUUGCAGUUCACAAGCGGAACGACAGGCAUGCCCAAAGCGGCCAUGCUCACGCAUCACAAUCUGGUCAACAACUCGCGAUUCAUCGGCGAUAGAAUGCGCCUCACCUCCGAGGACAUCCUCUGCUGCCCGCCGCCGCUGUUCCACUGUUUCGGCCUCGUCCUUGGCCUACUGGCCAUUGUCACCCAUGGCGGCAAGAUUGUCUACCCAGCCGAGGUCUUUGACAUCCCCUCAACGCUGCGGGCAAUCUCCGACGAGGGCUGUACGGCGGUUCACGGCGUGCCGGCCAUGUUUGAUUCACUCUUCCAAGCGGAGCUCCCGCCCGGCUUCAGCUGCGAUAGGCUGCGAACGGGCAUCAUCGCGGGCGCCCCGGUCCCACGGUAUCUCAUGGAGCUGCUGGUGAACCGUUUUGGCAUGUCCGAGUUCACAAGCAGUUACGGCCUGACGGAGGCGUCGCCGACAUGCUUCAACGCAUUCACCGACGACGCCAUGGACACAAGACUCACGACCGUCGGCACUGUGAUGCCGCACGCACAGGCCAAGAUUGUAGACCGGGACGGCAACAUUGUGCCCAUAGGCACCAGGGGCGAGCUUUGUAUGGCUGGCUACCAGCUGCAGGCUGGCUACUGGAACAACUCGGAGAAGACCAACGAGGUCAUGGUGCGGGACGCGGCGGGCGUGCUCUGGCUUCACACUGGGGAUGAGGCGGUGUUUGACGAGAACGGAUACUGCACCAUCACGGGCCGCUUCAAGGACAUAAUCAUCCGAGGUGGCGAGAACAUCUAUCCUCUGGAAAUCGAGGAGCGCCUCAUGGCUCACCCGUCAGUGUCGCGCGCCAUCGUCGUCGGUCUCAAGGACAAGCACUACGGCGAGGUGGUGGGCGCCUUCGUGGAGCGGAGCGACAACGGGGCGCGGCCGAGCGAUGCCGAGCUGCGCGACUGGGUGCGCACACAGCUCGGCAAGCACAAGUCGCCCACGCACGUCUUCUGGCUCGGCGAGGAGGGCGUGCCGGCCGACGUGCCGCUCACGGGCAGCGGCAAGGUGCGCAAAUUUGAGAUGGCCAAGCUUGGCGACGAGAUGCUGCGCCAGCGGGGAAAGACUGCCAAGCUGUGAGUGACUGGAGCGGAGCUCGCCAUGAUGGGAUUUAGUAUCGGUCUCGCGGCUGCUUGUACGUACGUAAACGGUGGUUUGGACACUGAGGCGGGGGGGGGGGGGGGAUUCCUUGUUCAUAUUUUACUUGGUAUGGAGCUACGUGCAGAAAAGUUUAGACGAGACUGGGCAUAAAGAGACUUCAAUGGCAAUAGAGC